AAGGCCCAUAGAGACACACCACAAAAGCACCAAUGGCGGACGAUGUAGCACCAGCCAGAUACUCAUCAGAGGAUCCGCGUGCGGUGGUUCUAUGGUGACGGGAGGCUGAGGCAGUGUAUACAAUAAGUCACGCGGAACGACGCUGAGUUCGGUGAGAGGGUACACCUAAUGCGAUUAAGGUUUCCGGAAAUAUAAGAUGGCGGAAUAUCACAUUGUGAAAAAAGAGGAUGAUGAUGACGAUCCGAGUGACCCACAGGUUGUUGUUGAUGCUGGGAACUCGAAAGGUUCUCGGUCAAACGGCAAACAUCCUAAAGGAGAGGACGUGCUAGUUCUUAUAGGAAAUGACGUCAUUGAUGACGCGGUUAACCAUGACAACCAACAGGACAGUCACAUCCUUGGAGGCAUGGACGAUCCCAUCUGGAUCAAUCCAAAAACAAAAUGCGAUCGGAUUCGUUUACGGAUAGGGUCGGUAAUGGAACAUGUUUACUUUCGAUUCUGCACAAUUCUUCUCAUCCUCGUGGACAUAAGUGUGGUCAUUGCUGACCUUCUCACUCCGGACACUGUCCACUACCACCUGGCACUGGAGAUCGUGUCCAGAACCAUUAUCAGCUACUUCGUAUUGGAGAUAUUUCUCCGGAUGUUCUAUAAAGGCAACAAAUUCUUCAUGCACUGGGCAGACAUGCUGGACAUGCUCGUCGUCUUCGCCACAUUUAUCAUAGAUUUAGCCUUCAGCGAAUACGGAAGACUUGGAGUUGCCGGACGAUUUUUACGGAUUAUUCGGAUAGCUCGAGGUAUCUACAUCAUGUCCUCCGAAUACAGACAUUUCCAGCAGGCCACCCGCCGAAUGAAAUCUCAAAGCAAGCAACGCUACCGCAAAGAGGGAUUCGACCUUGACCUCUGCUACGUAACUGAACGGGUCAUAGCAAUGUCCUUUCCUUCGACCGGUGUCCGUGCCAUGUACAGGAACCCUAUUGGGUCGGAACAUUUGAAACAAUUAGUUGCAGUUGCUAAAUUCCUUGACACCAAACACACAGAUCAUUACCGUGUCUACGACCUUUGUAGUGAGCUCAAUUACGAUAGAUCCAUAUUCCACAAGCAAGUCCGGAAAGUGAAGAUUGAUGAUCAUAACGUCCCUAGAUUAAAGGACAUGAUGGCAUUUUGUCUUGACGUUAGAGAAUGGCUCGCGGCAGAUGACAAAAACGUAAUAGCAGUGCAUUGUAAAGGCGGGAAAGGACGGACCGGAACCAUGAUUUGCAUUUGGCUUAUACACACAGAGCUGUUCAACGAAGCACAGCAAAGUCUUGACUAUUUCGGAAAAAGAAGGACGGAGUUAAAUGUAGGGAGUACUUUCCAAGGCGUGGAAACACCUAGUCAGUGCCGGUAUGUGGAAUAUUAUGAGAAAGUGAAGUGGGAACUAGAUUGGACGUUACCUCCAGUCCGAUACUUAAAGCUAAAGACAGUCAACAUUACUGCCAUCAAAGGCGUAGGUAAAGGAGAUGGAUCGGAUCUAUCCAUGGAAGUAUACAUACCAUCGUCAAGUGGGGUAUUCAAGUGCAGCUUACACAAUAAUAACCGAUGUAAAUAUUCCCAUAAUAAGGAGGAGGAUAGAAUAACUAUUACCGUAGACGAUGACAGUCCUGUUUUGGAGAACGAUGUGAAAGUCAGAUUUAAAUCAUCGUCGAAAAAGAUUCCCCGAGUUUACGAUAAUUGUGCUUUCUAUUUCUGGUUCUACACGUCUUUCGUUACGGACAACAGAUUGUAUUUGCCGAGGGACUUUAUCGACAACCCUCACAAGAGGAGGGCACAGAGAACAUUCCGGGAAACGUUUAGUGUUGAAAUGCUCUUUGAGGACGCGACUUCAUCAGAAAUCGAUAACGACGGCCAGCAAUGAUGGACACAGCGUUUAACUGGACACAGAAUAUGAUGGACAAACAGUCCAUUGAAUGUCCGCGUGGGACAAUGGAAUGGUCGGUACCAUUCACAGUGUAUUGAUGGAUUAUUGAUUGGUUUCAUUGGCAAAGACUACAAGCAACUAUAGAGGAGUAGAUUUUAAUGGUUAUGAAGUAAAAGAGUGUUUUGAUAACCUAUUCGGAACCGUCGUGUAUUGGCAAAGCGAAGUGUUUUCUUCCUUGUGGAAUGAAUAGGAAACUCAGGUAUGAUAGAGAGCGCAUGACAGCCACGACUGACACCAUCAAACCGCGGAUCAGUCCCAAAGUCAUAGUUGGUGACUCUCUGCAACAAAGAUCUAACAUCUUAUCUAUGACGAUUCUAGUCUGGAUAAGAGUCUCAUUCUCGAUGUGGUGCAAAAGGCUAGGAUAUAAGGGGAGGUUUACAAUCGAAAGCCAUACCGUUAUACUCGGUAACAAAGGUUUUGUUCACAUUUCAAUGUAUCUAGUUGUUGUGACGUCAUUUUUUCUACUUUAAUGGUUGACGUUUUUCACUCUGUGAUCAUUCCGCAAACUUAUUUUUUUACCUUAACUCAGGACAGUGUUCAAUGUUCAUGUCUAUAUCUGACUUUUUAUACCAACGUCUCGAGAAAACCAGUGUGUGUGUAUGUCUCUCCUUCCGCUCACAGCGUCUCACUUGCUAAGAGAGUUGAAUGGAUGUGGUAUCUUUAAUGUAACAAUGUCGUGCUUAUAUAUCUAUAUAUUUAUAAAAUAUCUGGUCAUUUAUAUUAUCUGUCCGUCCGUCCGUCCGUCCGUUUCUUCGUUUCAUCAUCCAUUUUCAGUAGAAGUUCAAAUAGUUAAUUAUUAAGAGAAAAUGUUGUUGGAUAAAAACGUAACUCUUUAUUUUUCUUUUUGUAGCACAAAUAAAAUAUCUGCCGUAGCGAAAUGAUAUAGAUCUCAAAUAUAUACAGUUUUAGUAUGGGAGAUAAUUUAUAAUGUAUAAAUGUUUUAAUGUAUAUAGUUAGUCAAUUAGAUGUCAACAGAAUAGCAUAAUAUCUAUUCCCUGAUAAGAUAUAUAGUAAUUUUAGUAACAAGCUGCAAUAAACUACUGCAAAUUGCCUCACCAGAACUAAUGAUGUUGUGAUGAGGAAUAUUUUUAUAUAAUAAUUGGAGGAACAGUUGUCUGGUUGUAGGUCGUUGGGCUGGUGAUCACCGGAUCACCAGUCUGGGUCUUGGUAUGGAUUUUGUGGUGUAUCUUUGAGUAAGAUACCUACUCCGUUCGUUGUGUUCCAGUCGACUUAGCUUUGCAGAGCUUGAAAUAUUGUGUGCAAGUUGUCAGCGCCGAAUGGCAGCUCCGGCUGUACGCUUUCCAGAGAAUUGAAAAAAGGAUGGCAAGUAGCCUUAAAGGUCCGAUAAUCAUAAGGAUUACAUGGUGUCAUAUUUAAUGUAUAGUUGUUAAACAUUCCGAGCUCAACAAUAAGAUUGAAUUCCAUCGUAGUAUGUUUCCCUAUAGCAAAUAGAUCCGUCAAAUGAGAGAGAUAAAUUUCAUUUUAAUGUUUUAAUAUUUACUUUGACAAUCGCUCAAUGUCCUGAUGUUCAUUCAGAUCCAAUUGUGACAGUCUUGUUCUGCUUCGUGACAAUCGAGCUGUGUGACCUUCCUCCUAAAGACUGCGCCGAUCAUUACUUCAAUUCCAUGAAACUUGAAUAGCCUCUUUCAAAAAUGAAUUUGACAUGACACAAGAUAUCUACACAACUUUUAUAUUAUGGGCGUUAUACAUUUAUAUGUAAAACGUGUUAAAAUUCCUUACAAUUUUUAAUGACUAGUUGACCCACAUUUCGCCAGAGUACUGUAAAAUGGUUAUUAUUAUUUUCCAUAUUAACGUAUGCAUGAUACCGAGACUUUUGAUGAAAGUGAAUAUGUGUAUAUAUGUUAUAUAACUGCGACGUUAUGUAA